AAAAAAAAUCAGAAUUAUUUCAUUCGUACAUGGAGAGAGAAAGUAAAUUGCUAAAUCGCAUUUUUCGAAGUAUAAAUGUAUUGUGAUAUUGAAAUUAACGUUUCCACGUACUGGGAAAUGUUAUUUCUAUCGUGAGGUGUCAGUAACGGGUGUCGAUUAAAUAUUUUGUAGUGUUUAAAAUGCUGGAGCGUGGAAUUGGUGGUCUCAUCAAUUCUUGUGUGUGACUAAAGUGUUUUUAUGUGUGAUUUAGUAAUUUAACGAGACAAUGCCGAGGGGAGAAAAUAGACCGAGUAUCCUGCUGUCCAGGGAUGAGAACGAUCAGGUGUUUAGUCUGAUAGGGCCCAAAUGUCAGAGUCUGGCGACAGCUGUGGUUCAGUUAUUCACAACGGAAGGACCAGGGCAUUCGGAAUGGAAGAAGAAGGAUACAGGUGUGCUAUGCCUCAUCAAGGAUAAUGGGAAGAGAUCAUACUUCUUCCGGAUCUACUGUCUGUAUCGGAGAUCGAUGGUAUGGGAGCAUGAGGUCUACCUGCAGAUUGAGUAUAAGAGCCCGAGACCGUAUCUCCACACCUUUGAAGCUGAGGAAUAUAUGACAGCGUUCAAUUUCGCCAACGAGGAUGAAGCGCAGGUGCUCAGGAACAUACUCAUCGAGAAAAUCGAGCUGCGGAAAAUCAGACGAGAAGAGCGUCGUCAGCGGUCGAUGCUGGCGGCGCGCGCCAACAGCGUCAGCAGCUCUCACAGCAGCGCGGGCGGAGUCGCCGCCGUCAACGCGCACGUCACCCACGCCACGCGACACAACGGCGCGCUGCCGCCGCCGCCGCCCGAACCGGAGCCCGAGCCCGCGCCUGCGCCUGCGCCCCCGCCCAAGGCCACCAACAUCACCGGCACGUACACUCUGAAAAGCGGCAAAAAGAAGGUGAUGAAGAAGAUAACCAAGGCAGACAUCGGGCUGCCGAGCGACUUCAAGCACAUAUCGCACGUCGGCUGGGAUGCGCAUAAAGGUUUCGACGUGGAAACAACACAGCCGAACGAGGAGUUGCUGUCGUUCUUCAACAUGGCCGGCGUGUCUGACAAGCAGCUGCAGGACCAGGAGACGCGCGAGUUCAUUUACAGCUUCAUAGAGUCGCACGGCGGCAUCGACGCGGUUAAAGAAGACUUGCAUACUAGCAACGCGAAGCCGGUCAGAGGCAGCAGUCGGCCGGCGGCGCCGUCGCCCGCGCUGCCGUCGCUGCCCGCGCCGCCCGCCGCCGCCGCGCCGCCAGUGCCGCAGCGCAGCCCCGCGCCCGCGCACCCGCCCGCGCACCCGCCCGCGCACCCGCCCGCGCCACCGUCCCGCGCGCCUCCCCCGCCGCCCGCGCGCGUGGUGCCCCCGCCCCCGCCGCCGGUCUCCGCGCCUCGGAACCCGCCACCGCCGAGACCAUUGCAACCGCCAUCGGCUGCGCCGCCGUCUGUGCCCCCUCCCCCGCCGCCGGGUAACGCACCGCCCCCUCCGCCCCCGCCGCCGCCCGCACCCACGCCCCCCGCGGCUCCGCCACCGCCUGCCGCGCCACCAAUGGCCAUGGACUCCGCCGCCGCCGCGGAUCCUAGAGCCGCACUUAUGGAGAGCAUACGCAGCGGCAGUAACACUCUUAAGAAAGUGGAAGUCGCCGCUAAACCACCACCAGCUGAGGACGGCAGGAGUAAUUUACUUAAACAAAUUAGAGAAGGAAUCGAAUUGCGAUCCGUGUCGCGGUCGGGCAGCACGGGCGCGGCGGCGGCGGCGGCGCCCGAGCCGUGCGGGCUCGCCGGCGCGCUCGCCCGCGCGCUGCAGGAACGCUCGCGCGCCAUGCACUCCGAGUCCGACUCCGACCUCAGCGACGACGAGACCAGCGACGGCGAGUGGGAGUACUGACCCACCACCACCACACUCACCACACUCCUCGGCUACUAGACUAGCAAGCUUGGCGUUGAUUAGAAAGCAGUUAAAUCGCGCAGAAUCGAGUUGCGUUUUUGUAAUCACAAUCGAUUUAAAUCGGUGCUUCCACCCCAUUUCUAAUGGACGGUUUCAUAACACAUGUAUAGCUGGAGAUUAAUGCGACUCGAUUCUAUUCGACGCCGGGCGUUACGAAACACUCUGUAAAUCCAUAAUAACCAAUUAACCACGGUAACUACGAAAACUAUACUGUCAUCGUUAUAGCAUAGCUAACUGGCUAAUAGGUUUACUAACCACCGAUAAGACAAUGAUCGAAUGUUCGUUCGUUCGUUGUUGAUUAUGAAUCACGCUGCAUUAACCAAAUGCUUACGAUAGCUAUUUUCAUAUACUAUGUCUCUCACUUUUAUAACAUCUAACAUAAAUAGUGUGACACAACACCUAAUUCUACUAAGUAUAGUGCUAAUAUUCAUAAGCCUCUGUCACUUUUAUAGCAUUUAACAUAAAUGAGAAGACACAAAAGACUGGCUUUCAUCGAAAAAGUGUCUUUUUGACAGAUGGCAGACUUAACUUUCUAGAAUAUUGUAUUACCAAUUCUAAUCAAAUAUCCCCUUAGAAAUCACACAUCCUAUGUUAAUGAAUACUUACAUAAACAAAUCUAAAUCCUUAUUUAUUUAAUCGAUUUUAGAUCGCAUUUUAUAAUCCAUAUUUAUAUUGAUAUACACUCACAAAUUAUCAGCACAACAACACGUGCACACCAAAGAUACCUAAAUAUCUAUCGACAUCUGUCCAACAUUAUUUGCAAAAACUUAAUUAAUCAAUAAAUAUUAAAAGUUUAAAAAGAGAAAUCUAAUAUUUCUAGUUACGUUUGUUGUGCAUUUAUUUAAUUUAAAUUUAGUUGUUAUAGAAAUGCGAUAAAGUCCAAUUUGGCGGUUAAUAUCUAAAUCAAAUUAGCAUUUAAUGUCAUUCGCCUUAAAAAAUUGGCAUUUUAGUACUUCAGUAAAUAUCUUCAAAUUAUCUAUCUCAUAUUUUAAUCAGUAUCAAGGCAAAAGCACAGAUUAUGUUAAAAAAAUUAAGUAUUAAUAUUCGGUAUAUGGCUACUAAAAUGUGAGAGUGUAUGUGCCUAUUAUAAAUUGAGAGGCGUUCCCUGAAUUAGGUGACAUCAGAAUCCUCAAGAUUUGUGAGUGCUGAUCGAAAUUGCAACAUCGUCAGAUUAUUUUAUAUAUCCGUUAAUCAUUUCUGACGUGUGGUUCACUAUAGUGUUAUGAUUUACGUGUUUGCGAGAACUAGUCAGGGUGUACGAUUGCCUUUACGCACUAGCUACCAAUUAUUGAUACGACGAUAUAUUAAAGGCCAAAACGACACUGGAAUUCAUAAGGAAUGCAGUAUAAACAAAUAAUAAAAAUAUAAAAAAAAAAAACGUGUAUUUUUACAUGUGAAUAACGAACAAUGUAACAACUAUGUUAUGGGAGACGGAGCAUUUGAAAGUGGUAAUCGAUUUGAAAAAUUAUAUCGAUACGCUAUUUAAUAUCGAUAAAACUAACCCGUAUCUUCUCCCUGGGACUGUGUUCAAAAACCUUUUCAAAUGGUGAUGAAGUAUCACAUAGUAUGUAGAUAAUUUUAUAUUAUUUUAUGUAACGUAUUAAUGUAAUUAUUUGACCACGGUUUGAUUUGACGCGGCGAGCGCAAGAACGGCUUAUAUGCAAAAUUGAUAGAACAGUAGUGAAAAUUUUCGUUGUUAUUGCCAAUGAUAUGGGCAAUUUAUAUAGAAAAAGUUAUGCAGAUGAAUACAAGCUUUUUCUUUACGUGCAGGAGAGGCCGUUCUUGCACUCACCGUUUCAAAUAUCUAGUUGUUAAAGCGCUUGGCGUCAUCUUAUAGUGUAAUGUUAAUGGUCGCUGAGAGAAAACUAAAGGUGGGUAUCAAACAGGGCAAGAGAUUGAAAUUUUUCUGGGUUGCCAUCAGUCUUAAAGACAACUUUCACAUUUAUAACAAAUUUACAAAUAUUAUUGUGUGUAGCCAAAUAUCUCUUGAAGUAAAAAAAAUCAAACAAUUAUAAAUGUUUGGUUUUCUCCCAGCGACUAUAUGUAAUACAUUUUAUGUUUUAUUUUAAUGUAAAAUUAUAAUAAAUAGAAUAUAAUUGUAUAUAAUUGUUAUAAUUGUAAACGACUGACGUGAAACAAUGGUGAUGAUAAUAUUCGUGUAUUCUUUAUUAAUAUGUAGGUAGGUAAUAUUAUACUGAAAACACAAUUAUGUCGAUUAUCGACACAGAAAUUAACAUGACGAAAAAAAAAGUAAUCAAAUUGAUUAUAAUUUAAUCGAUUUAAUUGUGUUGCCAGUAAUAAAUUGUUAAUUGUAAGUUAACACUUGUAACACUACAUACACAAACCUAUGCGAGCAAUAUAUUUUAUAGGGGUCAAUUCACACCAAGUAUAAUUUCAUCGCCGACAAUACGCUCCAACUAUUUGUCUGUGGAGAGAGAACAAAACAAAUUAUAGAAGUUCAUUUUCUAAAUUAAUAAAUCAUACAAUCUGAUUAGAUUAUAUCGACUGUUGGAAAGCUAAUUGAUUUGACCGACAUUUCUUUUCGAAAAAUUUUAACUCAUUUAAAAAACAGAAAAAAGUGCUGAUUUUAAAUAUGUAUGAAUGUUAUCACAAAAUAAUGUCGCUAAGUCAAUAAGCCUUUCGACCAUCGAUAUGUAUUUGGCAGAAUUCCAUGGAAAAGGCAUUAUUUUGUGCCAAAUGUAGGUUAUUAAAUUAGGUCAUCACUGCCACAUCAGGUUCCAAAAAUUGUUUAGGACGUCACGCCGCACCACUCCGUGUAAAUAGCAUACUUUUCUAAUCAUAAUAAUUAUGAACAUGUUAACGAUGCUCAAAAUUAUUCUCUUACGUUUACACUAAUAAUUAUCCGCUAUAGUAAUCAGUACUGACCAACAAGGUGACUGCGAAAGGAUUCGAUAAUUAAAAAUCAACCUUUUGUUCUUUCACAUAUGGCUGACUUUUAGUAAAACGAAUAAUAAUUAUUCAACCCCUUCGUUUUGCCUCGUUUUUGUGGAUCGACCGUAUGUAAAUUAAUAUAAGAUUGUGUUUUAAUUGUAUAAAAUUAGAAUUCUUCGCAGCCAUUCAGACCGCGGGCACAGCCUCACAAUGACCACCCCAUAUACCCUCUAUAUCCAAGUAAAGUUUAUAAUUUCAUAAUUUAAGCGCAUUUCAAAUAACCAAUCAAUAUUAAUAGUGAUAUGAUUGUGAAAUCUAGAGGCUUUAAUUUUUUUGCUUUUACAAUUGUUAAGAAGAUUUGAAGUCUAUAAGAUUCUUUUUCUAAUCGUAUCAUACUGGUCUUCUAAAAUUUAAGGAUUUGUAAUUCUGUCUUGGAUGCUGAAUAUUUACUAUUUAGUUGUCUGUUGUAAUAUAAUUUGGACUUGACGCAAUUUUAUCUUUAUUUUUUUAUCUUCUCUCACUAACAUAAUGUUAUUUUGACAAAGUACUUAUUGAGCUCUUAGUCCCACGACAAUAUUAAUAUACAUUUAAAGCCUCUUGAUUUGGUCUAACAUAGUGCUCAUAACAUACAGUUAACAGAUGAAUGUCUUGAAAUAAUUGUACACUCAAAGCACGUGGGUAUAUCGACACAUUUGUCUAUAAUUUCUUACCUAACAUUGGUAGCCUAAGGCUAACACACAGGGCGUCCGUCCUGUCCGUUGCACAUAGCUAAGAAAUAGUGGCUAGUGUUUAGCGAUAGAUUAUGUCGUCUCCUUAAUGGUUUAUUAUGUAACGGGCCUAUGGGCGAGACUAUGCUCAAUACAAUCAAUUUAAAACAGUACCGUCAACAAAAAAAAGGGUCGAGAUUUUAUUAUGAGGAAAGAUAAAAUUCAUUUGUGAUAACUUAUGAUGAUGAUGAGAUGGCGGUAAAGCAAUAAUAAAUAAACGUUUAUGCGCUAAGUUAGGACUUUUUUAUUAGCGUCUUAUCGCGUUUUUCAGUUGAUAUUUCAAUGGUAUUUGUUUUUAAAUAUAUCUUACAAAUGUGGUGUAAUAAAUAACAGCAUAUGCGUACAUGAAGUUUCGAAGUCAUAUCAAUACAAUAAGGAUAGUUUCCUACUGAGUCCUAGACUAAAUCAAGAGAACGAAGCCAGGUUCACAGUCACGCAGUACGCCGCGGAGGGCAAGCCUACUGUAAUAAUAAUUAACAUGGCCAAUGCCGGUAGGCAGAACAUAAACUGUUUUUAAAAUCAGAAGAAAAACAUUAUUCAGAAAACUCUUUGCCUUGUCGCUGUAAAAGUGUGAUGUACUCUAUAUAAUAAGCAUUAAUGUUAUAAGAAUGCGUCAGCUAUUUUUAUAGUCGUAAAAUGAAUGUUUUUCUAUUGUUACAAUAAAAUGAAACGUAUAGUUUGGAAAAUGUAAUACGCACUGUUUGAAGUGUGGUCCGCCAUAAUCAAAUCCAUGCGCAUUAUAUUUAAUAAACUAUAACUAUUUUGGCAAUAAAUUCAUUUAAUUAUGAAAACACUACGAAGUAAGCUUAUGAAGUUACUUUGUAACAGACUUCAAAAAAAUAAGACCCCAUUCCUGCAGAUGUUUUUGCCGAAUUAAAUCUUUACACAUUUUUUGGUAACUUAGUAUUUAUAGUGUUGGCGAAAGAAACAAAAAGACAAAAAAGGAAAUCCUCAUUUGAAUACCACCCUGAUAAAAAAUAAUGCACUUUAUUUGUUAAAUAUCGCAGUGGUGGCAGCGAGUUAUCACAAUAUAAAUGUUUUCUAUAUUAUCGAGUGCUUAUUAAAGCAUUUAAAUCCUAUUACCAAGAUAUUUUAUUACGAAAUAGAAAUAUUACAUCCCGUUA